AUGGAGGUCAAAAUCUCUGAAUCUGCGUUCAACACACGCGUAGAAAAGCUGCAGGGGGCGCUGAACACGCACAAAGACGCGUUUGGCGGCGCCGACUCGGUUCUGCUGCUAAUUGGCAAAGGUGGAGAUGACAAUCCCUACAUCAAGACUGCCGUGGCCCAAAACUGGCUGCUGGGCUACGAGUUUUUCUCCACAGCUCUGCUGGUGACGCCCAAGCGGGUCAUUUUCGUCACAAACUCGUCCAAGGCCGUCCAUCUAGAGGGUCUCAAGAAGGACGACAAGGUGGAGGUGUGGGUGCGGCCCAAGGAGGGAGGUAAGGAGGUGAUGGAGAAGCUGGCCAAGGUGGCCAAGGAGGCCGGCAACAAGCUUGGCGUCGUGGUCAAGGACAAGUUCCGAGGCCCCAUUGUCGACGAGUUUGAAGCUGCCCUCAAGGACAGUGGGAUCGAAAAGGUCGACAUUGAGGUCGGGCUGUCCCACCUGCUGGAAGCCAAGGAUGACGACGAAAUCAAGAGCAUCCGGGUGGCGUCGCGGGCCUCCACGGCCUACCUGACAAAGUUCUUCACCGACCAGAUGCUUGGUAUCGUCGACGAGGAGCGGCGGCUGUCGCACUCAAAGUUCUCGGAGCAGAUUGAAAACAAGCUGCAGGACGAGGGCUUCUUUGCGCAGAACCAGGUCAAGCUGGGCAGCGACUUCCACCAGACCAACCUCGAGUGGUGCUACAUGCCAAUCAUUCAAUCCGGAGGCAAGUACGAUCUGCGGCCCUCGGCUGUGUCUGACGACGCAAACCUCCACGGAGGCACGAUUGUGUGUACCCUGGGUACCCGAUACAAGGGCUAUUGCUCUAACGUGGGUCGAACCUUUAUGAUCAACCCCACCAAGGCCCAAGAGCAGAACUACGAAGUGCUGGUGGGCCUGCGGGAAAAGGUGUUUGACUCCAUCAAGGUCGGCGCCAAGGCCUGCGACGUCUACAACGCCGCCGUCUCCUACAUCAAGUCCAAGGCCCCCAAGCUCGAGGCUCACCUGCUAAAAACCAUAGGCUGGAGCAUUGGCAUUGACUUCCGAGACGCCAAGUUCCUGCUAAACGCCAAGUGCCAGCGAGAGAUUGUCGACGGCUCCACGUUUGACGUGUCGCUGGGCUUCCAGAACCUGACCAACUCGGCCGCCACCGAUCCCAAGAACAAGACAUACUCGCUUGCUCUGGUCGACACUGUGCGUGUCACUCGAGCAGGCGUGGCUGUUCUGACCGAUUCCGCGCCCGUGGCUCUGUCGGAAGUCACCUACUUCUUUGAGGAUGACGACGAGGACGCCGAGAAGGAAAAGAAGAAGAAGGAGCAGGCCAAAAAAGAGAAAAAACAGCAACAGGCGGCUGCUACCGUGUCGUCCAUCACCCGGACCAAGCUGCGUCAUGAGGCUCGAGCCGAAGAUAACAAUGACCAGAAACGAAAGGACGACCAGAAAGCCCUGCACGAAAAGCUCAACAAGGCCGGCCUGGAACGGUUCAAGAACACAGAAGGUGCUCUUAACGGCGAGGAGAAGGUGGUCAUCAAGAAGUUUGAGUCGUACAAGCGAGAUACUCAGCUGCCCCAGAAUCUGCUCAAGGAUCUGCGGGUCCACGUGGACACCCGGUCGCAGUCCAUCAUUCUGCCCAUCAACGGCCGGCCCGUGCCCUUCCACAUCAACACGUACAAGUCUGGCUCGAAAACUGACGAGGGCGACUACGUGUACAUCCGGCUCAACUUGUCGUCUCCGGGCCAGAUUGCAGGCUCCAAGAAGGACGCGCCCCAGGUGUUUGAGGACCCUGACGCACAGUUCCUGCGGUCCAUCACGUUCCGGUCGCGGCACGUGGAGCACAUGAACGAUGUUUUCAAGCAGAUCCAGGACCUCAAGAAGGCAUCGACCAAAAAGGAGGCCGAGAAGAAGGAGAUGGAGGACGUGGUGGCCCAGGAUUCGCUGGUGGAGGUGCGAGCUCGACGGCCGCUCAAGCUGGACGCUGUGUUUGUGCGUCCUGCACCGGACGGAAAGCGAGUUGCAGGCACUCUGGAGAUCCACCAGAACGGUCUCCGAUACGUCUCGCCCAUCCGGUCCGACCACAAGAUUGACGUGCUGUUUGACAACAUUAAGCAUCUAUUUUUCCAGCCUACCGAGGGCGAGCUCAUUGUGUGCAUUCAUGCGCAUCUUAAAAACCCCAUCCUGAUCGGCAAAAAGAAGACGUGGGACGUGCAGUUUUAUCGAGAGGCCAGCGACAUGGCUUUUGACGAAACUGGAAACCGGAAGCGAAAGUACCGGUACGGAGAUGAGGACGAGCUGGAGGCCGAGCAGGAGGAACGAAGACGACGGCUGCAGCUCGACAAGGAGUUCAAGGCCUUCUCUGAGAAGAUUUCCGAGGCGUCUGACCGAAAGGUCGAUGUCGAUACUCCCUUCCGAGAGCUGGGAUUCCACGGUGUUCCGUUCCGGUCCAACGUUCUGCUCCAGCCCUCUGCCGACUGUCUGGUCCAGCUCAUUGAUACGCCCUUUUCGGUCAUUACUCUGGGCGAAAUCGAGCUGGCGCAUCUUGAGCGAGUCCAGUUUGGUCUCAAGAACUUCGAUCUGGUGUUUGUCUAUAAGGACUUCAACCGGCCCGUUACACACAUCAACUCGAUUCCGGUGGACCAGCUGGAUGCCGUCAAGGACUGGCUCAACGAGGUUGAGAUUCCGUACUCUGAGGGUCCCGUCAACCUUAACUGGGGAUCCAUUAUGAAGACCGUUGUUGCCGACCCCCAGGAGUUUUUUACUUCCGGUGGAUGGUCUUUCCUGGACCUGGAGUCGGACGACGAGGAUCAAGAGGAGGAGGAGUCCGAGUUUGAGGUGUCUGACGACGAGCCCGAGGACGAGGAUGAGGACUCGGAGGAGUUUGCCUCUGAAGACGAUUCCGAGGGCGAUUUUGACUCUGAGGAGGAGAGUGGCGAGGACUGGGAUGAGUUGGAGAAGCAGGCAGCUGCUGAAGAUGGUGAGCCUCCCCGAAAGAAGCGCUAA